CUUUUCUAUCAUCUGUCCCACGUCUUUCUUCUCGGUUAAGGCUGUCUUUGAUUCCUCAUUAAUUCAUCCUCCACUCAUUUUCCUGCCUCCAACUCUAUAGACUUCUCUUUUUGCUCACUUUUCUUUCCCUUUCCCUACGCACACCGUCCUCUUUCUUUGCGAUGCCGAAUCCUUCUGAGAUGAGCAACAGCGAUACAGGGACGGAGAAUGCUCCAAGACCUAGUGUGAGCGUGUUCGCUCGUUAUAUUCAUGGUUGGUCCUGGCAAGCGUUCCCCAUUGGCAUGGGCACAGGCGCGGUCUACGUCACUCUUGCCGGUCUGGAAGAUCGUUUCAAUGACUUGACAGCGAUCGAGACGGGAUUCUACUUCAUAAACAUGGCUCUUUUUGUAACCAAUGUGGUCACUCUUCUACUGCAAACUAUCCUGUACCCUUGUCAAGCUUGGCGACUAGUCCGGGACCCUGUCAAAGGCGUUUUUGUUCCAUUAAUUGUACUCUCCUUCGCCACUAUUAUCAUCGGAACGGUCAACUACGCCUAUCCAUCGGGGCAUGUGAGUGCUGGGUUUAUAUAUGCCCUAUUCUGGGUUUAUGUUCUCUUUGCUCUUCUGACUUGUUUUCCGAUGAUCAUGAUAUGGUUCAAUAAACCACACGACCUGAUGCAUUUCACUCCUGCGUACGCUUUCCUAAUCUUUCCCAUGAUGCUGGUCGGCGUUGUCUCGUUCAAUGUUUUGAGAGUAAUGGAUGCAUCCGACCCAAGAGGGCUAGGUGUGCUUCUUGUCGGUUAUUUCUUCCAAGGGCUGGGAUCUUUCAUGACCUUCUUCUACCUCUGCAUCUACGUUAUUCGCGUUAUGGCUACAGGUUUCCUGGAAGGACAUCAAGCAAAUGGAGCCUUUGUCGCUUGCGGUCCACCUGGAUUUACGGCUCUCGCCUUGAUAAACUUGGCAGACCACGCAAGGAAGAUACUUCCUUCGCGUGGUUAUGUCACCGAGAAUGCUGGUGAAAUCUGGUAUGCUGGCAGUGUCCUUGCCGGUCUUUUGCUCUACGGUCUCGCCGUCUUUUUCUUCAUCUUCGGCGUCCUCCCGUACUGGUUCAAGCUUCACAAGAAUCUCAAUGAAAUUCUAGGCUGUUGGGCUCUGACAUUCCCUAAUGUUGGAUGGAUCUCGAUCACGCGCCUCAUGGGGGAUAUCUUCGGCAUCGAGUUUCUCUACAUCGUCCACUUGUGUCUGACCCUUGCCAUGGUGUUGACCUGGUUUACUUUAUUCUCGCUCACUAUCGUUGCAUUUUAUCGGGGUCUUAUCUUCAAAUCGAAGGAGGAGGACGUUCUCAAAGAUGUUCUUCCCGGUCACAAUGAGCGUGAAGAGACGGACAUUCCUAUUGUGGCUGAUGAGGAACGGGUUACCGGCGCCAUGCCUAUGAUGUCGGAAUCCUGGACCAGACCUGAGCAACGGUGAAGGUUCUCAAUUUGAAACCUUUUUCGCACAGCAAUGCGGCUAUAAUAUUGGACUGCAUUGAAAUACCUACACGACGGUCUUAGCAUGCCAGCCGUCGCGACAUAUAGACAAAUAUAUCUUGCGUAGAAACAUAGAAUAUUCUUCACUGUAUAUAUACC